AUGUUUAUCAAACAAGUUAUUAUUCACGGUUUCAAAAGUUACCGUGAACAAACGGUGGUAGACCCAUUUGAUAAAAGACAUAAUGUUGUUGUUGGUCGUAACGGUUCGGGAAAGAGCAAUUUUUUCUAUGCUAUUCAAUUUGUGCUUAGUGAUGAAUUUUCUCAUCUUCGGCCUGAACAACGUCAAGCAUUGUUGCAUGAAGGUACAGGACCUAAAGUUAAUUCAGCAUAUGUGGAAAUAAUUUUUGACAACACAGAUAACCGAUUACCUAUUGACAAAGAAGAAGUAGUAUUAAGAAGGGUUAUUGGUGUUAAGAAAGAUCAAUAUUUUUUAAAUAAGAAAAUGGUACCGCGAAGUGAUGUAACUAAUUUAUUGGAAUCUGCAGGUUUUUCUCAUUCCAAUCCUUAUUAUAUCGUUAAACAAGGUAAAAUAAAUCAAAUGGCAACAUCACCUGAUUCUCAUAGACUCAAAUUAUUAAGAGAAGUAGCUGGUACUCGGGUAUAUGAUGAGCGUAAGGAAGAAUCUAUUGAAAUAUUAAAAGAUACCCAGACAAAACUAGACAAAAUAGUAGAAUUUAUAAAAACUAUCGAAGAUCGUUUAGGUACAUUAGAAGAAGAAAAGGAAGAAUUAAAAGAGUAUCAAGUAUGGGAUAAGAAGAGAAGAACAUUGGAAUUUUGUAUUCAUGAUAGAGAUCAAAAAGAAACUCAAAGAAAAUUGGAAGAAUUAGAAGGUCGAAUAAGUAAUGUUGAUGACGAACAAAAACGUCUUACUGCAAAAGUAAAGGAAACUGCUUAUGAAGUUAAAAGAGCUACAAAACAUAUGCGUGAUGCCAAACGUCUAGUGCACAGUAUUAAAGAAGAUAAGGAUACUCUAAAUUUAGAGCAACAAGAACUAAUUAAACAAAAAACUAAAUUAGAUUUUACAAUUAAGGAUCUUACUGAUGAAGUACAAGGUGAUAAUAAUUCCAGAGAAAGAGCAGUCAGGGAAUUAGACAAAUUACAAGAAACUAUAAAAACUAAGGAAUCAGACUUACAAGAAAUAAAACCUAAGUAUGAGGCUCAAAAGAAAAAAGAAGAAGAUUGUACAAGAGAACUUGGUCUUAAAGAACAAAAACGUAAAGAAUUAUAUGCUAAACAAGGACGUGGAAGUCAAUUUGCAUCCAAGGAAGACAGAGAUCAGUGGAUACAAAAAGAAUUAAAAUCAUUAAAUAAACAAAUCAAAGAUAAAACUGAUCAUAAAGAGAAGCUAACAGAAGAUUUAAAAAAAGAUGCUGAACGUUUAGUGGAACUUGAAAAUUUGGUGCAUACUAACUCUAGUGAGUUAGAAAAACAAAGGACUGCUAUCGAUGAAUACAAUAAACGAUAUUAUGAACUAAAAAAAAGUAAAGAUCAGUUUCAAAGUCAAAGAAAUGAAUUGUGGCGUAAAGAGAGUACAUUGCAGCACAAUUAUUCAACAUUGAAAGAAGAGUUGGCUAAAGCUGACCAAAUGCUUCGAAGUAUGGCUGGUAAAGCAAUAUUAAAUGGAAGAGAUAGUGUACGUAAAGUUUUAGAAAUUUUUAAAGAAAGAGGUGGAUCUCAUGCCACUCUUGCCAAACAAUACUAUGGUCAAGUAAUUGAAAAUUUUGAUUGUGAUGAAAGCAUACAAACAGCUGUUGAAGUAACUGCUGGUGGACGUAUGUUUUUCCAUAUUGUUGAAUCUGAUAAAAUUGGUACACAAAUCUUAAAAGAAAUAAACAACCAGAAUUUACCUGGUGAAGUAACAUUUAUGCCUCUUAAUAGAUUAACUGCCAGACAAAUAAAAUAUCCACAAUCCAAAGAUGCUAUUCCAAUGGUAAAUAAGCUAAAUUAUGAAUCACAUUUGGAUAAAGCUAUGAGAUUUAUUUUUGGAAAAACUUUAAUAUGUCGUAAUUUAGAAAUAGCUACAAGUAUAUCUAAACAAUGUAUGUUGGACUGUAUAACAAUUGAUGGAGAUCAAGUGUCAUCAAGUGGUACUCUCACUGGAGGGUAUUUUAAAAAUGUCCGAUCUAAAUUGGUAAUACAAAAGCAACGUAAUGAAUUAAUGACUCAGAUAAAGGAAUCUGAAGAGAAAUUGACAUUGCUAAAAACACAGUUAAAUGAAGUCGAAGGGAAUGUUAAUGUAGUUAUGUCAGAUAUGCAAAAAACUGAAACCAAAAACAGUAAAGCAAAGGGAAAUUUUGACAAAUUAAAAGGAGAUAUACGACUUAUCAAGGAAGAAAUGGUUGGUAUUGAAAGAUAUAGAGUGACAAAAGAGCGGUUACUUGUAACCGCCUCUUCAAAUUUAGAGGCUAUGCAAACUACCAGAUCUGGUCUUGAAUCAGAAUUACAUCAAGAACUUAUGGCACAAUUAUCUGUUACAGAUCAAAAAGAAAUGGAUAAACUCAACAAUGACAUAAAACAAUUGACACAAGAAAACAAAACAGCAUUUGCUAUGCGUAUGAAAUUAGAAGCAGAUAAAAAUAAGCUAGAAAAUCUAUUAACCAACAAUUUGAUUCGUCGUAGAGAUGAAUUAUUACAAGCAUUACAAGAGAUAUCUGUAGAAGAACGUAAACGUACAUUAGAAAGUUGUAGGUUAGAGUUAAAUAAUAUUGAAAAAAAAUUGGAUACAAUUAAUGGGGAUAUGAAAAACGUUGAUAGCAAAGUACAUGAAGCUGUCAAAAAGCAAAGAAAAUGUCAAGAAGAAUUGGACAAAUGGAAAAAUCAAGAAAAAGAAGCUCAGGAUAAACUUGAAAGUGAAACUAAAGAUCUCUGUAAAGUAUCUUCCAAGCAAGAAGUGUUACGCAAAAAACUGAUAGAAUCGGAAUCGAAAAUCAAUGAACUUGGGGCUUUACCCAAUACAGAUCUAGUUACCAAAUAUAUGUCAUAUUCGUCAAAAAAUUUAUUUAAAGAGUUAGAGAAAGCAAAUAGUCACUUGAAACGGUUUAGUCAUGUUAACAAAAAGGCGUUGGAUCAGUUUAUCAAUUUUUCAGAGCAAAAAGAAAAACUUGUUUUAAGAAAACAAGAACUUGAUCGUGGUUAUGAAAAAAUAGAACAACUUAUGAACGUUUUGGAACAACGAAAAUGUGAUGCAAUUCAGUCGACAUUUAAACAAGUAUCAAAAUAUUUUUCUUAUGUGUUUUCCAAACUUGUACCUGCUGGACACGCUAAACUAGUCAUGAAAACAGUUGGAGGUGAAGAAUCAACAACAAUUAAUAUGAGAGAUGAAAGUAGUGUUGGAAAUUAUUCUGGUGUCAUGAUCAAAGUGUCAUUUGUUGGGCAAGGUGGUGAAAUGCGUGAAAUGAAUCAAUUAUCUGGUGGUCAAAAAUCACUUGUAGCUUUGGGUCUAAUUUUUGCUAUUCAAAAGUGUGAUCCAGCUCCAUUUUACCUGUUUGAUGAAAUUGAUCAAGCUCUAGACCCUCAACAUAGGAAAGCUGUAGCUGAUAUGAUACAUGAAAUGUCCUCAGAAGCACAAUUCAUUACUACAACAUUUAGGCCAGAAUUGUUGCAACAUGCUCAUAAAUUUUAUGGUGUUAAGUUCCGUAAUAAAGUCAGUCAUGUAGAAUGUGUUACCAGAGAGGAUGCACAUGACUUUGUUGAAGAUGAUACAACUCACGGGUAA